AUGAAGGGUGUUGUGCUUAGCUUGCUACCGGCUUCGAUCCUCCUUGUUUCGCCUAGGCACGGCGCUGGUUUUGUGCCUCAUCAGCUUGCGCAUGGUGGACUGGAGAAGAGAUCCUCUCUGACUCGAUUGGCAUCCAAGGAUGUGAAGGAAAAAGUCUCUGUAGGUCUGAGCCACGCGGAACCGAAUGGGAGCAGGCGACAAAAUGACAGGAAUGGCCGAUCAACUUCAGAGAGCUUGGCAGAGAAAACAGUGGACGAUGUCGUGGAACUCAUUGCAGAGAUUGAUCGGCGCGUGUCAGACGGAUCCACACAAAUAUUAAAUAACCUGACAAAAGGAAUGGACGACAAGUUUGAUAGAUUGCCAGAAGAUGCUGCAGUCGAGCUGUCAACCUAUCUCACGGAUCUUGCUGCACAGGUUCAAAAAGCACAACAGAGAGAAUUGCAAAGACAACUCGCAGAAAUAGAGGCACGCUUUGUGCGACCCUUGGAAGAGCUGGCCUUCUCCGAUGCCCCUCUCUUUGAAAAGACUACGGAGGAAAUGAUCGCAUCUGACCAGCUUGUCAACGGUGCCAAGCAGGAUCCGGACAAGCUCAUUCUCACAGGAGAAAACUCGACACUUGCUCAGACGAGGAAAAUGAGGUCCAAAGAAAUUCUCCGGAACUUCAAUGUUGCACCGGUUUACUACUCUAUUGCUCUUUGCUUGAGAUGGGCACGAAAGGCAUCCGAACCGUCUGUCUAUCUCAUGACUCUCUUCAAAAGUCUGGCUACAGUCAUCAAGAGUGCACCUAAGAAAAAAAGGAAAGAAGGAUACGAAGAAUACUUGAAGGAUGCUGAAACCAUGCAGGCAGGGUGGAAAAGAACAGGAGAAAUCGCAGCCAAAGGUCCCAUUGCUCGCAAAUGGGCCAUUUUGCGUCGCUCUGCCGAAAUCUGGGCUUACUUCAGUUCUUUUUACCUCAAAGAUCGACGAAUUUCCAAAAACUACAGCAGUGGUCGAUGGGAUGAAGCAAGACACAGCGCCGAAAGGUCCCAGUUGGGGGCGGAGGUAGUGCAGAACUUACUCAAACUUGGACCCACUUUCAUCAAGGUGGGGCAACUUUUCUCCACAAGAAUCGACAUUGUACCCAAAGAGUACAUUGAAGAGCUCAAGCUGCUUCAAGAUAGUGUGCCCCCGUUCUCGGGCGACUUGUCAGUACAGAUUAUAGAAGAGGAGCUCGGGAAACCAAUUGAUGAAAUCUUUGACACAUUCAACAGGACCUCGCUUGCUGCUGCGAGUCUUGGGCAAGUUCAUGUGGCCACAAAGGGCAAGGAUGUAUUCGCUGUGAAAGUUCAACGGCAGUAUCUUAGAGAGCUUUUUGAGGUUGAUCUUGGGCAACUACGGCAGGUAGCGGUGUUUGCUGAUGCCCUCGACUUUUCAUCAGAAGGUGGCCUCCUUGAUCGUAACACGCAGCGAGACUGGGUCAGCGUAUUUGAGGAAAGCAAGAGGCUCCUGUAUGAGGAAAUCGACUAUGAGAAUGAAUUGAAAAAUGCUAAACGAUUCGAGAAGGACUUCGACUCUUACAAAUUCAAACACAUUCGAGUUCCUAAAACAUACGAGCAGUACACGACAGAGAAAGUCCUUUGCAUGGAAUAUGUACCCGGCAUCAAAAUCACAGACGUCGAAAAGAUACAGGCGGAAGGCCUUGACCCAGUCGAUAUUAGUAUCAAGUCUGCUGAAUCCUUCCUUGAGCAGCUCUGCCGACACGGAUUCUUUCAUAGCGACCCACACCCAGGCAACGUUGCGGUGGAAAAGGACGAGAAAGGCGAUGCCCGUCUUAUCUUCUAUGACUUCGGUAUGAUGGAUUCGUUUGGACCGGUGGAACGGAAAGGGCUCGUUGAUUUCUUCUUCGCUGUGUACUAUGAUGCAGACGUGAAAGAUGCGUGCAACGCAUUGGAACGCUUGGGAAUGUUGCGGACAGGAGCAGAUGUAGACCGUAUUGCAGUGGAACGUGUGGGAGAUGACUUUAUCCAGCGAUUUCAGGAGACUUUACAGAGAGAUCAGGGAUGGGAAAACGAGUUGUCUGAAGAAGAGCGCAAACGUAUCAAUCGAGAACGUAGAAAGAAGUUGGGUGAAGAAUUCCUUUCCUUGAACAGAGACAGUCCGUUCAUCUUCCCGCCCACUUGGACUUUUGUUUUCAGAGCUUUCUUUUCGUUGGACGGUAUCGGAAAGACCCUUAACCCCAAUUAUGAUCUUACAAAGAUCAUGGCCCCGUAUCUGAAGGAAUUGUUGGAUUUGAAAGAUGGAAGUGCGAUAAAGACAACACUCCUCCGUAUAGGCAAGAGAGUUGGUCUCAGGCCGGUAGAUGUGAAUCAAUUCAUCACACAACCUCGUCGAACUGCAAAAGUGGAGGAUAUUGUUACACGUUUGGAGCGCGGAGACUUCAAGCUGCGAGUUCGUGCGUCUGAACUAGAAAGGGCGGAAGAACGGAGUCGAUUGGCGCAAAAGAAUCUGCUUGAGGGCAUUGUAUGCUGUUUUUUCCUUCAGGCUGGACUGUGUACAUCGGUCGUUGGAAAGGGAUUCAAGGUUGCAGUACCAAUAACGAAGGGUCUCUUUGGGGCUGCGCUUCUGUUUGCAGUCCGAGUGCCCCUUGGAGUUCUUCGCGUCAGGAGGCUGGAUAAAUACAACGAGAGAUAUGGCGUAAAGAGAUAG